AAACGCGGUGUCGUUGUGACUCGGUCGCCUUUCAACCCCCUCUCAGUCAGUGGCGGUGCCGCGAUGCCCCGUUGAAGUGUCCCGUUACUAGAGACGAGUCUCCCCCCAGUUUUUUUCAACCGUUUUAUGAGGUCGGGACGACGGACGACGGUCUAUCAUAGGAAAGUUUCGGGUGUUGGAGUCGAGAUGUUCAAGCAGCAAUGCCUCUCCAUAAUGUUACUACUACCCUUUCGAAUAGUCCUGCCGAUUUCAUUGAAACACACACCCCUGGAAGCACAGAAAAACAACCACAGAAACAUAUCCAUCAUACUGGACAACUUGUUGAGAGGGUACGACAACAGUAUCAGACCUGAUUUUGGUGGUUCGCCAGCUGUAGUAGAGGUCGACAUCAUGGUAAGGAGCAUGGGACCGAUAUCCGAAGUUGAUAUGACCUACUCGAUGGACUGCUACUUCCGCCAGACCUGGGUCGAUCGCAGACUGGCGUUUCCCGGAAACGCCAGCGACACGUUGGCAUUGAGCAUUUCCAUGCUCGGCCGGAUAUGGAAACCGGACACCUAUUUCUAUAACGGCAAACAAUCCUACCUGCACACCAUAACCACCCCCAACAAGUUCGUCAGACUUUAUCAGAACGGCAGGGUGCUCUACUCGUCUAGGCUGACCAUCAAGGCGGGCUGCCCGAUGAACCUGGAGGACUUCCCCAUGGACAUCCAGAGGUGCCCCCUCAAGUUCGGCUCCUUUGGUUACACCUCUCAAGAUCUGAUCUACAAGUGGAACGACAUCAGACAAGUUGCAAUAGCGGAAGAUAUGAAGCUGUCUCAGUUUGACCUUAUUGCUACACCUGCUGCCAAUAGAACGGAUACUUUGUCUAAUAGCGACACACAUGCGGCUAAAUACUCCAUGCUGCUAGUCAGUUUUCACCUUCAAAGACACAUGGGAAAUUUUCUUAUCCAAGUCUAUGGUCCAUGCGUUUUGCUCGUAGUUCUAUCUUGGGUUUCGUUCUGGUUGAACAGGGAAGCAACAGCUGAUCGUGUCUCAUUAGGUAUCACCACAAUAUUGACGAUGACUUUCCUGGGUUUAGAAGCCAGGACGGACCUGCCCAAAGUUCCCUAUCCUACGGCACUGGAUUUCUUCGUCUUCCUGGCUUUCACAUUCAUAUUUGCAACCAUAAUACAGUUCGCAGUUGUCCAUUAUUUCACCAAGUACGGAUCUGGAGAGUGCUACUUCAGCGCCGAUUUUAACUCAGAUUCCAGCAGUGAAGAUGAAGACUGGACUUCUUUAGAAACCACAGAGUACAUUGCCAAGGAAGGCAACAGCAAAGAAGCAACCAACCAAAUCAACACCAACAGCGAUCCAAACUUCAUAGAAGUGAUACCCUUAUCAGCCUGCACCAUCCCAAUGCCUCGAAGAUCUUCCCAAAGUUGGUCGCAUCUAUCCUGUUUGAAGAAGAACAGGCAAACGGACGCUGGCAAGUCGUCGAGUUCGAACAGCACGAAUCCAGAGAUCCAGAGGGAGAUGAAGCUACGAACGACCAUAGACCAUCAACACCCCAAAAGAAGAAAGAAAAAGAGGACUCCUAGGUUCAACUCCGUCUCUAAGAUAGACAAGGCGUCCAGAAUUGUGUUCCCGCUACUUUUCGUUACCAUCAAUUUGUUUUACUGGUACUGUUACCUGUCCAGAACCAAACGGUUAAGGAAUUUGACGUAGGAGAGAUCUAUCGGGCUCAAUUGAAAAUAAUGGUUUUUCUAGUUGCAAUGAGAAUCACAGCCUUAUUCACCACUAGGCUGGUUCUUGAAGAGUCGAGCCAUGAAAACAACGGCUUUAAAAGAAAAAAUUUAAAUAUUGAAUUAUUUACAUUCAACCGUCACCUAACCUAACUUAAAUAGGGGUUCUCCAACUGCCCAAUAAUUCAUAAAACUAGAGAGGAGCGAUACCGUGAUUUUCAAAUCACGUUGUGAAACGUGAACGUUACUUUAUGAUAUCAGUGAAAUGAAAUCGUGGCGUGAUCACUGUUUAGGUUGCUCGUUAUUAAUAUUUGUAUGAAUC